GGUUCCCUUUGCAGUUUAAAUUACCUGAUAAUCUAAAAUUAGAACUCAUCCAGGUGUAACAAAUCAAUGACGGAAAAUGUUGACGACAUUUUAUCUAGCACUUUGUUGUCUGCCGCUUGUCUGUGAAGCAAGGACCUAUUGUUACAGUUAUUACUCGAAUGGCUACUCAUCAUACAUUUGUAGAUAUUAUCUAUCAACAGCUGAUAGAUUUGGGAUUGCAUAUGGAACUGUGGUAGGGAUUGGACUAGUAGUGUCUAUAAUUAUUUUUGUUGCCUGUAAAAUGAGGCAGAAACGAACGCCGCACAACCAGGCAAUAGUUCUACAAGGUUAUCCCAGGGUGGCUAACGCUCAGUUAGGACAGCAAGUUUUAUUUGCUCCACAAGCGGGACUCAUCCCAACAGCAGCUCCACAGGGUACUAUUACCAACCCAGCAUUACCCGUAACAAACCGGCAGCCAGCAACAUCUCAGAAUACGGUAAAUAACCCUGUAUCUCCCCCGACCAAUCAACAACACCAGACGCAAAGAACGGGUACAGUUGAAACACAAAGAGUGGGGGCAGAAGGAAUAACAGUCAGGUUACCCGAGACAGAAAAAGACGAGAACAAUACAGACGACCCACCGCCAUACAGUGUCUAGUGUUCUCAUUUUCUUUUUUUUCUUUCAUUGUUAAUGCCUUUCACGUGAACUAUAUAAAGGAAAAAAAAAUCUGAUUUUCAUUGAUUCUUGUAAUAUUCCAUUAUAUACAUGUAUUUCAAAAAGAGAACUUUUCAUGCAGAAUUUUUAACCACUCGUCAUUACAUUGUUUAUUUUAACAUUU